GUUGGGUCUUAAGCCCGAUGGUGAUUUGAGCACCAUAGAAAGUGUGCUUCUGGUACAUAUAUAAACGUGGAGGAAGAUUAAUUUACAGUGCAAACUCUUCUACCUAUUCGCAAGUCGAACAUGAGAGCCCUGAUUGUCGUAGGCACUUUGUGCCUCUGCGCUUGCGCUUUAGCUGCCGAGGCCGAGAAAAAGAAGGAAGAGGUCGAGAAAAAGGAGGUCGAGCAGGAAAGCAAAAAGCAAGACAAGAGGGGUAUCUUACUCGGAGACCAUCACGGUUGGGAACCGAGCUACGGAGGCGGCGGUCACGAUUUCGGAGGCGGUGGUCACGAAUAUGGCGGCGGCGGUCACGAAUACGGAGGCGGUGACAUUGGAGGAGGUUAUGGCGGUCAUGAACACCACGAGCAUGUAAAAACCGUCGUGGUAGAAAAGAAAGUACCGGUACCGUACACUGUGGCCAAACACGUACCAUACCCAGUCGAGAAAAAAGUCCCCUACGAAGUCAAGGUACACGUACCUCAACCUUACAUUGUUGAAAAGAAGGUUCCAGUGCCCGUCAAGGAAAUCAUCAAAGUACCAUACAUCGUGCACCAACCUUACGAGGUAAUCAAAAAAGUACCGUACGAAGUCAAAGUACCAGUUCCAAGGCCGUACGAAGUCAAGGUGCACGUGCCCCAACCUUACACAGUAGAAAAGAAAAUUCCAGUUCCAGUGAAAGUACCCUACCCGCAACCAUAUACUGUUUACAAAAAAGUACCAUACCCAGUAAAGGUCGAGGUUCCAGUACCACAACCUUACACUGUCGAAAAGAAGGUACCCUACGAAGUUAAAGUACCCGUAGACAGGCCGUACACCGUGCACGUGCCCAAACCUUAUCACGUGACUGUUGAGAAACACGUCCCGUAUCCAGUUGAAAAACCGGUGCCUUAUGAAGUUAAAGUACCUGUCGACAAGCCUUAUCCAGUUGAAGUACCCAAACCUGUUCCAUACCCAGUUAAGGUUCCAGUUCCUCAACCUUACACCGUCGAAAAGAAAGUACCAGUUGAAGUAGAAAAACCCGUACCUUACCCAGUAAAAGUGCCCGUAGACAAGCCAUACCCAGUUUACAAAGAAGUACCAUAUCCAGUUGAAAAACCAGUACCGUACCCAGUAAAAGUACCGGUGCCGUAUCCAGUGAAAGUACAUCACGAAGAACACCAUGGAGGUUACGAACAGGGUGGUUAUGGAGGCGGCGGUGAUGAAGGUGGUUAUGGAGAUUAUGGGCAUAAAUAAAUUUUUGCAUCUUUUUGGGAAAGUGAAAUAUUUCGUUGCAAAAUUUUCUAGUCAGCUAACUGUUCAUUUCUGAUAUUAAAGUAAUUAUUUCACUUGCUUGUUGUACUUGCCAAAAACCAUCACAUAAAAUUAUUAUGUAAAAUAAUACCGUAUGUUGUUAUUACGUAAGCUUCGUGCAAAGAAAAAAAAGAUUUCCUCGUUUCAAAACAGGAGAACGUGCAGUAUUAUUACAUAAGGAAACUGUGUUAAUUAUUGUAUAUUUAUGUGUUUUUUUUUUUAAUUAAUAAAUUUAUUUGGUAAUAAAA